CAGUCUGGCUGGAGAGGGAGCAGCUUUGUCCCCAGGAAAGAUGGGAAUGGUGCUGCGAGCAGCCGUGCUCGUGAGUUCCCUUCUCCACUGCAGCGCUUUUCUGGACCUGAAUGGCCCUGGUGAGAUCAAAGGUAUCUGGAAGGACUCUGUCACUCUGCCUUGUGCCUAUGUGCCUGUGGAGGAGCUUGUGCAGGAAACCCUCGCCUGGACUGUGGUACAUGACAAGGAUUCACUCACCAUUUUUCGGAGGGAUGGCUUUGGUGACCACGUCCUCCUGUCUGAGUACAGGGACAGAGUCAGCGUCCCAAAGGAUGCCCCAGGAAAUGUGUCUCUCCUCAUCCUGAACCUGGAGAUCUCUGACAGAGGAACCUACACCUGCCAGGUCACCUGGAGAGACAGCAACAACAGCCUGAUAGCAAAGGAGAUCACCACCAAAUUGGAGGUUGUUAAAGUGGCAGCCACCAAGCCCAUCAUCAGAGCUGGAGAGCUGGGGCUGACGGUGCCCGCCGGAGCCAGCACCAGCCUGACCUGCGAGGCCCGCGGCUCCCCUCCCAUCAGCUACCGCUGGUUCCGGGGCGCCCCGGCGGGCGACGCCGUGCUCCUGAGCAGCGGGGCCGAGCUGGCGUGGCGCAGCCUGCGGCCCUCGGACGGCGGCACGUACUUCUGCGAGGCGCAGAACAGGGCCGGCGGCGGGGCCGUGCGGCGCAGCGAUGCCGUGGGGCUGACCGUGACAGGUCUGCCCACAACAACAGCGGCCUUGUGGACGAGUGUGGGAACUAUGGGGGCACACAAUUCAACCACAGGAAAAAAUCAAACAGAGCUGGUGUCCAGAGGUACUUCAGAAAUCCCAUGGAUUCCACAGGACCCCACCACUACUGCAGCAACAACUUUUGAGAGUGGUGUGGGAUAUCCAGGGAAGAAUGAAACAACUCAUGAUUUCCAGAGGACUGGCUUGUCCCUGUUCGUGGUCAUCCUGAUUGCUGUGGGGUGUGGUGCUGUGGUUUUCCUUGUCAUCUCUCUCAUCAUUUGCAUUAGAAAGCCCAAAGAAGCUCAAGCCUAUGAUGUAAAAUUCCACAACUCGAGAGCAGCAGCUUCUUCAAGCACAGGUCACUAUGAGGAACCCAUCUCUUCCACUGAAAACCACUAUGUGACAGAGCUUGGGAGAAACAAAACCUCUGAAGAAGUAAAUAAGAAUGUGUCUGACAAUGUUGCAAACCUCCAGGAAUCUGAGUAUGAAGUAGGGGACAUUUCCUGAGAACCAACAAUGCUCUGCAGAUACCAGUCAUGAGAAGCACCUUUACCCAGACAAAAUAAAUACUUCUUUUCAAUUUUGCCCGUGACAAAUAGGUUGGACAAGCAGUGGUUGCUCUCCCUUCACAAUCCCUGCAAUGAAAAUGCAUCCCUCAUCAGGAACUUCAGUUACAGACUGCUGUGUAUAACUUCUGAUUCUGUAUUCCUUGAUUCCCUCUCACUACCUCUAUCCAA